ACUCGAUCUAACGCUCUCUUUCAAUUGCUCACUCCUUUGUCUGGUGUGUCUCUCUCUUGCACAUAAAGGAAUAAUAAUACUCUCUCUCUAAGCAAGAGGUCGGUAAUUGACCCUUUAGCAAUCAUCCUCAACACCACAGAUCUCAACUCUCCAGUAAAAAUGGAAACAAAAUGGUGGGUUUUGGCAAUUGUGGUGGCAAUGCUAAUGGGUGUUUCCAAUGGAGAUUUGUCUACGCCGGCACUGGUGAAGAAGGUGAAGGGGAAGACGGUGUGUGACAGGGGUUGGGAGUGCAAGGGUUGGUCCCAGUACUGCUGCAACGAAACCAUCAGUGACUAUUUCCAGACCUAUCAGUUUGAGGAUCUCUUCUCCAAGAGGAAUACGCCGGUGGCACACGCCGUCGGAUUCUGGGACUACCACUCUUUCAUCACCGCCGCCGCAGUAUAUCAGCCUCAUGGGUUCGGCACCACCGGCAACAAGACCUCGCGGAUGAAGGAGGUCGCCGCCUUCCUCGGCCAUGUCGGCAGCAAAACUUCCUGUGGUUAUGGAGUGGCCACUGGAGGACCAACAGCUUGGGGCCUCUGCUACAACAAAGAAAUGAGUCCCAGUCAAUCAUACUGUGAUGACUCUUACAAAUACACCUAUCCCUGUUCUCCUGGAGCUGAAUACUAUGGUCGCGGUGCUUUGCCUAUCUACUGGAACUACAACUACGGAGCUGCCGGGGAAGCCUUGAAGGCGGAUCUGUUGAACCAUCCUGAAUAUAUUGAACAGAAUGCCACCUUAGCCUUCCAGGCUGCAAUUUGGAGGUGGAUGACCCCUGUCAAGAAAGCACAGCCUUCAGCCCAUGAUAUCUUUGUUGGCAACUGGAAGCCCACCAAGAAUGAUACUUUGGCAAAGCGGGCUCCUGGAUUUGGUUCCACCAUGAACGUCCUUUAUGGGGACGGUGUUUGUGGCCAGGGUGAUGUUGACUCCAUGAACAACAUCAUCACCCAUUACCUAUAUUAUCUUGACUUGAUGGGAGCUACACGAGAGGACGCAGGACCCCAUGAAGGACUCACCUGUGCCGAGCAGAAAGCUUUCAACCCAACUUCUACCACCACAUCUGCAACUUCUUGAGCUUUGCGUGAGUUUGCUACAUAUUGUUGCUGCUGUGGAUUGAUGAUCCUCGCCAAGGAAGAACCAUAAAUAAGAGGAACAAGUAAGAUGUUGCUAUGAGAUCUCUCAUAUUCAAUUUUAGCCGUGUGAAGCACAGUUACUCUGGAGAAUCAUAAGUUGUGAAUUGAUUUACUGUUGGUUUUCAUAUUGUUGUUUUGUAGAUUUUGAAAAUUCAUUCUGUUCCUAUAAACUGUGUAUCAUGUAGUUAUGAAAUUUGCAGUACUGUAUGAACCAUGUUAUUGCUAUA